AUAAUCUCCGUUCAUUUUGAUAUAACGUGAAAGAGCAAACAUUCUUUAUUGAUCAAGAUGUAUUUUUAAAAUCUCAAGCGAUAUUUUAUCUUUCGUGUUUAUCACUGUUGAUCUGCACGCCGGCUCAUAAAAUUAUUCGUCCUGAAUAGUUAUAUAAACAGUUUGUUCAAAUUACAUAGGGAAAUAUAAAUGUUUUGAAUAUUCAUAAACAGUCAUAUUUUAAGCAAUGGAAACCACAACGUUCGAAGAUGUCGUUGAACUGAAUGUCGGUGGAAAGCUAAUGACAACGUUGCUGAAUACGCUAAGACAUGAACCGGACAGUAUGCUGGCCGCCAUGUUUAGUGGACGUCACGUGAUUAGUAAGGACAAAGACGGUCGCUAUUUCAUAGACUGUGAUGGUGAAGUGUUUACAUACAUCAUAGAUUAUCUCCGUUUUGGCAAAUUACCGUCGCAGGAAAAGGCUAUAGAUGUUUAUGACCUCGCCAAGUAUCUUCAAAUUAUGUCACUAGCGGAAAAGUUGGAAACCUAUCAUUCCGUGAAAUAUCGAAAUCAAAUUGCCGAACCUAAAACACAGUUUGAAGAUGUCGUCGAACUGAAUGUCGAUGGAAAGCUAAUGACAACGUUGCUGAAAACGCUAAGAAAGGAACCCGACAGUAUGCUGGCCGCCAUGUUUAGUGGACGUCAAGUUGUCAGUAAGGACAAAGACGGUCGCUAUUUCGUAGAUUUUGAUGGUGAAGUAUUCAAGUUCAUCUUAGAUUAUCUCCGUUUUGGCAGAUUACCACCACAGGAAAUGGCUCUAGAUGUUUUUGACCUCGCCAAGUAUCUUCAAAUUGUGUCACUAGCGAAAAAGUUGGAAAUCUUUCAUUCCGUGAAAUAUCGAAAUCAAAUUGCAGAACUUAGAAAGCGUGUAGAGAACAACGGAUAUCAAAAAGUGAAAGAAAAAACUAUUAAUGAAAUUAAGAAGAGUAAUGUCGGUCCGCAAGAAAACAAAGUGUUAAAUUUUUUUAGUAGUUAUGGUAACAGUUGUUGUAUCCCCAAUAAGGACAGAUGCAAAACGCCCGGUGAUUUUACUACUUCUAUCAACAUUUUUAUUGACAUUGAAAGUACGUAUCUGACAGAAGACAUGAUGGCGUUACUAGUUCACGAGCUAUGUAAACUUGGUUUUGCUAAAUACACCGUUACUAGGGAAUGGAACAAUCGUUGCAAGAAUUGCGGGAGCGAUAAGGAAUUUAAACAGAUUAUACUCCUUACACAUUAACUGUGAAUUACUGAAACAAUAACAUUAAAUUUAUUACAGACUAACUGUAAUUUUAUUACACGUACCACGAAGAACAAUGUCACAGACAUGUCAGUAACAUGUUUUUAAAGCUUUUAUAAUAAGCAUUUUACUUUUGUACAGCAAUGCGUUCACUAUUGUAAUAUAGAAAGCUGAAAUACUUACAUAAAAAUAGUCAAACAUAUUUGGUUAAAAGUGGAAAAAAAUAUAUACAUAAAUAUGAAGUAAAAUACCUAUCAUUGAUUAUAUCUUUGAUACUGACUGUCUUGAUUACGAUCUUGGUGCAGUAAACCUCUGACAACAAACAAAAAAUAACAUAAUAACGUGCUAGAAGGGCGUGAGAUGUGUUGUGCGUUUCAUUACCUUGCCUUACACUUCCUAGGUAAUUUUUAUAAUGUAACGUAAAUUCUAACCACUAUCAUAUAUAUACACAAAGCAAAUCUACUUCUACUGUCUGUCUGUUUGUUUAAAUGUAUGUAUUUUUGUAUGUAAAUUGAUUGAUAUGUAAAUAUAUUGGCCACAAGAGGUAUAGUAACCCGAAAAUGGUUGAGGAAAUUAUGUAAGGCGGAGUUAACCCUGCAAAAGGGGGCACAGGGUUCCUCCUAUGAAAAUUAUGACAUUUAAAACUUGUUGUGUAAAUAUUAGUAAAUAAAUGAGUGUUCCGCUAGUAUGGUAACCUACCUGUUCUAUUAACGAUAUAGUUUUUUUUUUAAUUCUUCAUGGAAUAACAUUGUUGAAUCACUUUUUUUUCGACAACUAGGAAUAUUGUUUAUGUAAGGUUAUUUAUCAUAGAUGCCUUAAAACUUUGAACCAUCUAGCUCAUAUGUCAAAGAUUGCAAUGUUCUCACUUGAAGAUGUUAUAUAGUAUUCAUCUCAUUACGUGUGUUUCUUUUUUACUAUCAUUUGUAUAAUAUAUGACUUCUGUAUACCGAAAUCCUUGCCGACACCGAAUGACCGAUUAGCACUGUAAGGCUGGAUAAUGAUUGUGUUCUUAUAUAACUUUGUAUUAUUUAUGUAUGUUCUAUACCCGUCUAUAAUAAUAAUAAAUACGUUUCGCAUACAUGGUUGUUUGGCUGUAGAAUUUCUGGAUAUUGACGUUACGUCAUUUGCUGUUAAGGGAUUUCAUUGCGUUUUGUUAAGAUAAAAAAUGCUGAAAAUACUACUACCUAUCAAGUACUUUUCAAAUAAUCAGAAUAAGUUUUCGUUUCUGUUUGGUAUACUGACUUUUUGUCAUGAAAGUAUAUUAUA